UUUAUUUUACUUGACUUUUCCAUUUCACUUUUCUUUUUUCAACAUAAUCAACAUAUAAAUACAUUAUUCUAUAUUUUUUUUGCUCUUUACCCUUCAAUCUUCUUUUGGCUGUUCUUGAUUUCUUACAAAUUACUCAGUUAGUCAUCUCGAUAUUAUUUGAUCCUGAUCAGAGGAAGGGAGAUGCUGCAUGCUGACAGGAAGCUGGUCUUUAAUCUCUCCCAUCAUUGAAACUUCAGACUGAAAGGAGUUAUGAAAAAGAUUUCUAUGGAGGAGGUGGAGCUGUAUACCAAUUGGGAUGAUGUGUUCUGUCCCAUUUGCUUGGACUUCCCUCACAAUGGCGUUCUCCUCCAGUGCUCAUCUUAUGACAAGGGUUGCAGGCCUUUUUUGUGUGACACGGAUCAUUUGCAUUCCAACUGUCUAGAACGUUUCAAACAAGCACAUCGGGUGAUAGCUCGUUCACCAUCACUUUCGAUAUCCAAUGAGAGAGAAGAUGUGAUAAAAUCGGAGGCGAACAGCUGGUCUGCCUGCCCCUUGUGUAGGGGAGAAGUUACUGGAUGGGUUGUUGUUGAGAAGGCUCGCGUACAUCUCGAUGUCAAGGAACGCUGUUGUGAAGAGGAUAAAUGUAGAUUUAAAGGUACCUAUGUGGAACUUCAGAAACAUGCUAAAGUUGACCACCCUCAUGCACGCCCCUCAAAAAUAGAUCCUGCUCGACAGAUUGAUUGGGAUAACUUUCAGCAGUCCUCUGAAAUAAUAGACGUCUUGAGUACUAUACAUGCAGAAGUUCCCCGAGGUGUUGUUUUAGGUGAUUAUGUGAUUGAAUAUGGACAUGAUAAUUCUGAUGAUGAAUUUGAGAAUUUCCCUUCAGCAGAAGGAAACUGGUGGAGAUCAUGUAUCUUGUAUCAAGUAUUUAAUAACUUUAGGACAUCUAGAAACAGAAGAAGAUCUAGAGUUAGUAAUGCAAGAAGAGGAAACCGCCAUUUGGGUUAUGAUGCUUCAAACUCUGAUGAGAGUUCUGUGACAUCUGUAGAAUAUGUAGACUAUGGGGCUGAGGAGCUUGAGGAUGGUUUUGUAAGGAUUGCUGGCCUCCCAAGGAGAAGAGCUGAUAGUCGCAGUUCUCGAAGACGACAUUCCCGCUUCUAUGACAAUUAGG